CAUUUAAUUUCAUUCCUUUUCUCCAUUCUUUCUUUACUGUCUCCUUUGUUCUUUUUAACUCUUUUGCACCAACUACAAGUCUUUCGAAAAAAAACUAAUACCUGUUAAAAGAUAUUAUGGGUGCUAUCAAGAACACACAGAUUGUCCUGGCUAACAGGCCAGUUGCGGAUAUCGAUCCCAAAACGACAUUUAAAUUCCAGCAAGUCUCGCUCUCAGAUGAAUUAGGACCCAACGAAAUCUUGGUCAAGGUUCUAUUCAUUUCCCUCGAUCCUGCCAUGCGCGGUUGGAUGCGUGAUGUUCGCUCGUACAUCCGCCCUGUCAGGAUUGAUGAGGUAAUGCGCUCGGCCGAUGUGGCUCAAGUCAUCAAGUCUAACAACCCAGAUUACAAAGUAGGAGACUUGGUUCGUGCAACCUGUGGUUGGCAAGAAUAUGCGGUACUCAAGCCCUCAGAAGAUUUGGUGAAGAUCCAAUCGUUCCCAGGAGUAUCGCCUUCUACUUAUUUGGGAGUUCUUGGGUUGACAGGCUUGACAGCCUAUUUCGGAUUGUUUGAGGUUGGAGAGAUUGAGAAGAAGGGGGGUCCCAAUUGUACAGUGGUAGUCUCUGGAGCUGCAGGAGCAACAGGCUCUGUGGCAGCUCAAAUUGCUAAGCAUGUCUUUGGAUGCCGAGUCAUUGGUAUUGCAGGAUCGGACGACAAGUGUGAAUAUUUGGUGAAGGAGUUGGGAUUGGAUGUUGCGUUGAAUUACAAGUCCAAGACGUUCUUCAAGGAGUUGACUGCUGCAACACCCAAGUUGAUUGAUAUCUUUUUCGACAAUACAGGUGGGGAUAUUUUGGAUGGAUGUUUGAGACGAAUUGCAUUCAAGGGCCGUAUCAUUGUCUGCGGCGCCAUUAGCACUUAUAAUGAAGCCGUUCCCAAGGGACCAGCCUACUACAGCGCAUUGAUCACACAGCGCGCAAGAAUGGAGGGUUUCAUUGUCUUUGAUUAUGCUGAAAAGUAUGGAAAGGCAACGGCUGAUAUGUCCAAAUGGAUCAAAGAAGGCAAGCUCAAGAGUCGUGAGACUGUCAUCCAGGGUAUCGAGAAUACACCCGAUGCACUCGUUCGUCUGUUCAAGGGCGACAACACAGGCAAGAUGUUGGUGAAGGUGGCCGAGGAGGAGAGCAAGAGCAAGUUGUAAAAAUGAAUAACCUUGGUUUGAAAUAAAGCACGUGAUACAC